AUGACACCCAGGACCCCAAAUACCAACAUUACAAAACCAAUCAACCCUAACAAUGAAACAAGUAUUCCAAAUGAACCAAUCAAAAUACCUCCUCCAUCGCCAACUAACUCUUCAGCACCAUCAGUCACGCCACUCCAUAUCGAUCAACAAAUUAAUGAGAACUCUGAUCAGCCGAAAACCUUAAGAGAUAAACUAUUAGAUUCCAAAAAAACCAAAAGCAAGUCAUUCGACCCAUCAAAAAAAAUUAAAAAAUGCAGUUCACUUGAAAAUCUUCACACUAAACUCAAUGAACGGCUCAAACCCGCCGAAGGUCUUUUUUCAAAUAAUAAAGAAAUCCCUAUAUCGUAUUCACGAUACAUAUACAUAAUGGAGAAUUGCUCUAAUAAAUCCAUAAAUAUACAUUCUCUGUGCGAGGAAGUCAAUGUUGACAGCCACAUACUCCGAAAAAUAACUGAACAAGUUAAACCAAUGAUAACUGAUAGAUACGUAAGAACUAAGCUCUCCAAACUGCUAAACCUUUUAUUCCAAACUCUUCCACUACAAUAG